AUGGAAAACGCAACCUUGACGCCAACAUUUAUAUCCCCUCAUCAGGGCCGUCGAUCCAUUGCAAAUCGAAUUGGCAAUCACAAUGACUCGCCAUUCCGCGCUCCGUCCAUCGUUGACUCUCGCUCGACUGGAAACACCGCGGGCGCAAAAUACUACAAGUCUCCAAGUGAUAGCGGAACGAAACGUCCAGUCCAAGCCCAACUCCGUGGCAGGCUCCAUCAGGGCAACUGGGCGCAACAGGGAUUGGACUUGUGCGGACCCCCGCCCGGGUACCGGAUUUGUGAAAGGUUCCUCGUCCUUGGCGGGCAGGAAGACAGAUUCCGUAUGACGCCUGACCGAGAUAGGAGUCCUUCACCCGACAUAGCUUUCUUCUUGGACGAUUCUGAUCAUAAUCCAAGCUUCCCGCUUCGUGAACUGCUACGUCAAGCUGUACUGCCGGCCGGCACCAAUUCGUCAACCACCACUCGAGGGCAGCCGACGCCAACCUCGUCGCACUCUUCACAAGAUUUUGAAGUCUCUCUCAUUGGCUCGACACAAGAUCAGGAUCGCGUUGAUACGGUGCCUGGGCGGGACGAGCCCGUCCAGACCUUACCUGGCAAUGCCCAUGGACUACUCCAGCAACUUCACUUACACGAGGAGACGGGUGGCGACAACGCAGAGAGCGACAACGAUAGCAUACCAAGCGAGCCCGUAUCUGAAGAACUCAUGACCAAAAGACAACCUUCCCUUCUCUCCGUAGCGCCGGGGCGAGACAGUCCCUCCUACGGAGCCAUAACCUCGGCGCCGGCCCGGGCGACCAGUGCUCCCCAAUCCGAAGGGGGCGAACCAUCCGCUCGCGCCGAGUCCCGCUCCGAAGGAAGUGCUCGUUCUCGAACAGGUCAUGAUUCAACCAGCAGGAGCUUGACGGGGGACAGCUGCGAUGGAUCUGUGGGAAGAUCGUCCGAGCGACUUUCCUUGUCGCUGCGGAAAUCUGGCGAAUGGGGUGGCUCAAUGACAAUGCGAGGAAUCGAGGGUCGUUUUGAAGCCGAGGUACCGCUCGAAGGAGAGUCUUUGCUGGACCAUAUCGAAGAGUUGAACGAGUUCGAUGAAACUGAGGAGGACCUGGCCGACAACUCUCCCUACGCACAAGUACGGGCUUCAGUUGCGCCCACUGACAAUACGACACUUUCCAUCAACACUCCACGAAUGUGGACCUUGGCAGUGCUAUUUUCUAUUAUCGGAUCUUCCACCAACUUAUUCUUCUCGUUGAGAUACCCCAGUGUUGCAAUCACGCCUGUCAUCGCACUCCUAUCAACCCAUCCCCUUGGUCUCAUGUGGGACUUCUUCCUCAAACGAGCGGACGACCCCCCAGAAGAGUAUGUUGAUGGAUGUCGGACAGACAGUGCCAAUGUUCCGGUUGACCACCCGACCGAUGAGCAACCACGUGUUUUUGUUCCCUGGGAUAAAAGAAGCAAGCUCGACCAGCUGCGGCUAUGGCUCGCUCAGGGUCGCUGGAAUGAGAAGGAACAUAGUUGCGUCUAUGUCAGCAGCAAUGUCUCCUUCGGCUUUGCCUUUGCGACGGACGUUAUCGUUGAGCAAACCCAGUUUUACAAGCAGGAUGCCCCGAUACUCUACCAGAUUCUCCUCACCAUCUCUACUCAAAUUAUGGGCUACACCUUCGCUGGGCUCACACGGGGAUUCCUUGUCCGGCCAAGCGGCAUGAUAUGGCCCGGUACGCUCAUGUCGGCCGCCAUGUUUACUACCAUUCACAAGCAGGAGAACCACGUGGCAAAUGGGUGGAAGAUGACCAGAUGGAAGUUCUUCAUGGUCGUGUUCCUCGCUGGCUUCCUCUUCUACUUUGUACCCGGUCUUUUGUUCCCCGCAUUGAGCUAUUUCAACGUCAUCACCUGGUUUGCUCCCAAGAAUGUUGUUGUUGCCAAUCUCUUUGGCGUCGUGUCUGGCUUGGGAUUAUUUCCCAUGACAUUUGACUGGGCCCAGAUUGCCUAUAUCGGAUCGCCUCUUCUAACACCAUUUUGGGCAGCCAUGAACGUGGUUGGCGGUCUUGUUGUGGUCAUGUGGAUUAUUGCCCCUAUCGCAUACUACAGCAACUGGCUCUACUCCUCAUAUAUGCCGAUAUUAUCAGCAGCCGUUUUCGACAACACAGGCCAGGUAUAUGAUGUCAGCAGGAUCCUUACAAAGGAUUUCGUUUUCGAUCGAGAAGCCUAUUCAAAGUAUAGCAGAGUCUUCCUCCCCAUCACCUAUGUCCUCGGCUAUGCCGUUCAAUUUGCCGGCCUGGCCUCUCUACUUACACAUACCAUAUGUUGGCACGGCAGAGACAUCUGGGCUCAGUGGAAGCAAACCCUGGGCGAGAUGCAUGGUGCCGAGCCCAAGGGCUCGUAUGAGCCGGUUGCAGUGUCGACCGAGGGGCUCAGUCGGACUUGGAGUCGGUUGAGCUCAAGAUCAAGCUUUACUAGGUCUAACUCGAGCACGGAGAACAUUAUGAAUAGGGAAGACGUACAUAACCGGUUGAUGAGGAGGUACAAGGAUGCACCCAUGUCGUGGUAUCUCAUCACUUGCAUAUUGAUGCUGGCUAUCGGUAUCUUUGUCGUUGAAUACUACCCAGUUCACCUGCCUUGGUAUGGCUUGCUCCUCGCUCUCGGAAUCUGCAGCAUCCUCUUCAUCCCUAUCGGCAUCAUCAUGGCAGUCACCAACCAGCACAGCAGCAUUUACCUGAUCUGCCAGCUCGUUGCUGGUGCCGUCUUUCCUGGCCGACCCGUUGCGAACAUGGUCUUUGUGACUUACGGAUACAUCUCCUCAGCGCAGGGCAUCAAGUUCGCUGCCGACCUCAAACUAGGCCACUACAUGAAGAUACCACCCCGGAUCCUCUUCUCAGUUCAGAUGGUGGCGACCAUCGUCUCCUCCCUCACGCAGAUCGGCGUCCUCAACUGGAUGUUCAAGAACGUCCCCGGCCUUUGCACUCCAGAGGCCCUCAACGGGUUCACGUGCCCCAUUGCCCGUGUGCACUUCAAUGGGUCAAUUCUAUGGGGCGUCGUUGGCCCUAGCGAGUUCUUCGGCCCCGGGGCAACCUACCGACCGCUCGUAUGGGCGUUCGCAGUCGGAGCCGUCCUACCCAUUCCGCUGUGGCUGUACGCACGCAAGAGGAAGGAUAGUAUUGUGCGGAAACUCAACCUCCCCGUUCUCUUUGGUUCGUUGGGCUGGAUCCCGCCAGCAACAGGCUUGAACUUUUCAGUGUGGGCUCUCGUUUGCUACGUGUUCAACUACGUGAUAAAGAACCGGGCGCGGGCGUGGUGGGCCAAGUACACGAUGACGCUCAGCGCCGCGCUGGAUUCGGGCCUGGCGUUUGGCAUUGUGGUGGUAUUCUUCGGGUUCAUCUAUCCCGGGGUGGUCAAAGGGUUUAGUUGGUGGGGGACGGAAGUGUAUAAACAAGGGUGUGAUUGGCAGGCUUGUGCGUAUCAGGCGGUGCCGGAGGGGGGAAGGUUUGGGCCUGAUGUUUGGUAGAGGAGGGGAAUUCGGGCGGGCUGUUCAGGAUGUGCGCCUUGAAUACAAUGAUGACGUUAUGAUUUGAGUAUAUUUACCAUAAAAUGGGUGUAGAUAGGAAAGACGACUUAGCAGGCAGUGUUUUGGGUGUAUAGUUAAAACGGAUGGACAUACAAGGAGACACGAGCUCACGAUAUUGAUGAUUUAUGUAGGAGCACUGCGGAAGCUCUUGGGUACAUGCAUAUUGGGAUGUAGCUACAGGAUAAGGUGACAAGUGACAGAUAUGUAAAGCUGUCUAGCUCCGAGUCCUCACUAUUUGACUUUUUAUCGGGCCCGACGUCCGGCUAAUGUCUGUCUUGAAGGCACUGAAUCGCCUGGCAAAC